GGGAGCCGCCGGCGACGGCCCCGGAGGAGCUGCAGCGGGAGGUGGAGGAGCUACGCUCGGAGAACGAGUACCUCAAGGAUGAGCUGGAUGAACUUCGGGCUGAAAUGGAAGAAAUGCGUGACAGCUAUUUAGAGGAAGAUGUUUACCAGCUGCAGGAGCUCCGGCGAGAGCUAGACCGGGCAAACAAGAAUUGCCGCAUUCUGCAAUAUCGUCUCAGGAAAGCGGAACAGAAAAGCUUGAAAGUUGCACAAACAGGCCAUGUGGAUGGAGAGCUCAUUAGGAGCCUGGAACAAGAUUUAAAGGUAGCCAAAGAUGUUUCUGUCAGACUGCACCAUGAGUUGGAGAGCGUGGAGGAGAAACGUGUUAAAGCAGAAGAUGAAAAUGAAAUCCUUCGGCAGCAAAUUAUCGAGGUGGAAGUAUCCAAGCAGACACUGCAAAAUGAGCUGGACAAGUUAAAAGAGAGUUCCCUGAAGAGAAGAGGCAGCAGAGAAAUGCACAAAGAAAAAAAGGCAUUUACCCAGGAGGACAGCGCUGAUUUGAAGUGCCAGCUCCAGUUUGCCAAAGAGGAGGCAGCGCUGAUGCGUAAGAAGAUGGCCAAACUGGGGAGGGAAAAGGACGAACUGGAGCAGGAGCUCCAGAAGUACAAAUCCAUCUAUGGAGAUGUGGACAGUCCCCUGCCUACUGGGGAGGCAGGGGGCCCACCCAGCACCAGGGAGGCCGAGCUGAAGCUUCGUUUGAAGCUGGUGGAGGAGGAAGCCAACAUACUGGGCAGAAAAAUAGUGGAACUGGAGGUGGAGAACAGGGGGAUUAAAGCUGAGAUGGAGGAUAUGAGGUGCCAGUAUGAAAAAGAGUGCCUCAGCAGGGACCACAUUUCAAGCAUUCCUACCUCGCCCUACGGUGACUCCGUGGAGUCAGCCAUGGAGCUGCGCCGGCACCUGCAGUUCGUGGAAGAGGAAGCAGAGCUGCUGAGGCGGUCGAUCUCCGAAAUCGAGGAUCACAACAAGCAGCUAACGAACGAGCUGAACAAAUUCAAGUUUGAGCCCGGCCAGGAGCCAGGCUGGUUGGAUGACACGGCAUCCAAGUGCGGUGGGACCUUGCAAGAGGAGCUGAAGUCGGCCAGGUUGCAAAUCAAUGAGCUGAGUGGGAAAGUGAUGAAGCUCCAGUACGAGAACAGGGUCCUGAUGUCCAAUGUCCAGCGUUAUGAUCUUGCCUCUCACCUGGGCCUGCGCACUUCCAGUCCCAGGGACAGCGACGCUGACAGCGAUGCCGGGAAAAAGGAGAGUGACAGCGAAGAGGGUCGCCUGCCCCAGCCAAAGAGAGAGGGGCCCAUCGGGGGUGAAAGCGACUCCGAAGAAGUUUAUGAGAAGACGUCAGGUUUUGGGAGUGGGAAGCCGUCGGAAGUCAGCGACCUGUGCUCCGCCGAGCUUAUGAGAGUGAAAGAGGACACUGAGUCUUUAAUUAACAUCAAACGCGAGGCUGAGCGACUCGAAAGGACCGUGGAUCGCCUUAUCACUGAUACAGACAGCUUGAUUUAUGAUGCGAAGGUGCAUGUAACCAGCAGCCCAUCCACUGAGCAGGAUUUCAGAAGUGGUGAAGAAAGGGGAGAAGAUAAGCACGAACCAGAGCUUCUGGACACCGUCAACUCCAGGAUGAAAGCUUUCCGGAAGGAGCUGCAGACCUUCCUGGAGAAGGUUGAUCACAUUGGAGAGGGCCUUAAGGAGCAGAUGGAGGACCUCUCCCCUCUUCCCCAUCUCACAGAGUCUUCCAGUUUUCUGUCCACAAUGACGUCCAUGUCCCGAGACUCUCCCAUUGGUAACCUGGGGAAGGAGUUAAUCACCGACUUCCAGUCCAAACUGAGGGAUCAGAUGGAGUGGCAGCUCAAACAAGAUCGUGGAGAGGAGCAAGAGAUUCACCACCAGCGAGCCACCACCGACCCACACCGCAGAGCUGAUGGAGACAUUAAACUCUACAGGCCAGGAGACAAGGGCUGUUUCAGUCUAGAGCUGGAGGAGGAGCAUAUGCAGACCCUGCGGAGGAAAGACUUGGAAGUGCAGAGCUUGACUUUGCAGAACAAACUGGAAGAGAAGACCUGGAGCCAGGAGAAAAGUCUGCUGCAGCAAGAACUCAGGCAUUUCAAGCAGGACACCUUUCUCCUGUAUGUCAAACUGAAGUGGCUGCUGAAACAUUGGCGGCAAGGCAAGCGAAUGGAGGAGGAAGGAGAGGACAUAUUAGAGAUCGAGCACCCUGAGGCCCUCCCAGACUUUGGCAUUCAGUCUGAGCAGAAGGCGGAUGAUGCAGAGCGAGAGGAGGAGGAAGAGGAUGUUGUGUUUGCACUGACAGAUUUCUCCCAGCGUCCAGCCAUGGAGAACACUGAUCAUGGACCACAGCUGCAGACUGCAGAAUUACUGCAGCAGCAGAAGCAGGCAAGUGAAAAUCGGAAGCUUCUGAAUGCUCUGAAGGGUUUGCUGGAUGACUUCCGCUCGGAGCUGCGGGACGAGGAGCGUGAGCGCCAGGGGCUCCAGCAGCAGUACGCCCUGCACAAGGCAGCCUGGGAGGUGGAAAUGACUGAACUGAAGUGUCACCUCGAACAGCUGGAAGGAAAGAGUGAGAACACCUCAGGAGAAACAGGCCUCACUUCUGAUGCAAAGGGAGCUUUUAAAAGGGAAAGAGAGGAGCACAAGAAGCUUCUGGCUGAGAGUCAUGGUGUGGUGAUGGACCUCCGCUGGCAAAUCCAGCACAGUGAGAAGAACUGGAACCGGGAAAAGGUGGAGCUCCUGGACAGGCUUGAUAGAGACCGGCGAGAAUGGGAGCGUCAAAAGAAGGAGCUGCUCAGGCGGAUAGAGCAGCUUCAGAAAGAAGUGAGCCCACGAAGAGGAGGUGGUUUUCUGUGUGACCAGAAGGAGAGUAACCUUCGUCCAUUUAUGACCCAGGGGAACCUUCAUGUGCCGCGUCUGAUGGGGUCAAGAUCCUAUUCUGAUUCAGAUGCCAUUCAGUUUGACGAUCGGUCACUGUCUAAGCUGAAGGAGAGCGAUCGGUGCAGCGCCACGGAAAACCUCUUUCUGGAGUCACUGUCUCUUGAUUCCCCCGACGAGUCUGAUGAGCACCGGUCUCGGCAGCUGGAGCGGGACAAAUUCUUGGCAGGAUUAACGGAAGAGGAAGAAACACACAAAGGAAAUCUUCAAAGGGCCAUGUCCGUUUCUUCCAUGUCAGAAUUUCAGCGCCUGAUGGAUAUUUCUCCAUUUCUACCAGAAAAAAACUUGCCUUCAUCCAGCAGCAAAGAUGACAUAACCCCUCCCCUGUCUCCUGAUGAUCUGAAAUACAUCGAGGAGUUCAACAGAAAUUGGGAUUACAGUAACACUAGGAACCAUGGUGGGGCCACCGAGAAGCCUGCAGAAGGCUGGGCAGAAAGGACAGAAAUUGGGAAAGCCGGGAAUGAUCCUGCUUCAGAUCCCUUCCAGGCAUCAUCAUGGUACCUCACCACCAGUGUCACUAUGACAACUAACACCAUGACUAGUCCAGAGCACUGCCAGAAGCAGCCAACGAGGAGUCACGGUGUAACCGAAAAAAUGGGAGUUCGGGUCUUUCACAGCCCACCGGUUGUCCGUAGGUUUGAUAACUCAGUGAUAGCUGGCAGCGAAGGGAAAAACCAGGUUGAGCCGGACUUCCUGUUUUCUGUGACCAAAGCGAUGGGGAAUGUCGCUGAGUCAAAAGGUGCUUCCUCGGAUAUGUUUGGAAGAUGGUCUUGUGACCUGGCCAAACAUCAUAAGGAUUUUCUGGAGAGUGGUCUUCAUCCCAUUGAACGUCCUAUUUGCACUACUGUGGGCUUUGCCUCACCCUUGCACAGCUUGGAGAUGUCCAAAAACAUGAGUGAUGAUAUGAAGGAGGUCGCCUUCUCUGUCCGAAAUGCAAUACGCUCUAACUCUAAUUCAACAGAGCCUCAGUUUAAGGACACCGCGUGUCAAACCAAUGGUAUGAGAACGACAGGGACGCAGACCACCCAGACGAUCAGUGUUGGCUUGCAGACGGAAACCCUGCGCAGUAUCACCAGCAGUCCACACAAGUGUCUGACACCAAAGGGGGGGUCCACGCCUGUCUCUUCACCAUCCAGAAGCCUAAGAAGCAGGCAAGUGACCCCCGUCAUUGAAAAGGUCCAGGCUAAGUUUGAACGCACAUGCUGCUCCCCCAAAUAUGGCUCUCCAAAGUUGCAAAGAAAAAUCCUUCCCAAAUCAGACCAGCCAAAUAACCGGACUUUGCCUGGCACACCUCAGAAAGGAUUCAGUGAGUCCGCUUGGGCUAGAUCAACUACUACAAGGGAGAGUCCUGUCCACACCACUAUCAACGACGGCCUCUCCAGUUUGUUCAACAUUAUAGACCAUAGCCCCAUCUUUCAUGAGACCUUCCAAAAAUGCCCUAGGUCUAGCAGCCGGUCCAGGUCAGCAGAACCCAGACCAGAACUGGGCCCAGUGCAGGAGCCAUGUACAAAUGCCCGUGGCAGAUCACCCAGUCCUCUCCGGUUGGGGACAGAGACACAAAAGGAAGAAGGGACUGAGGUGACAAGUAUCAGGCAGGACUUAUCUGCUCCUCCAGGGUACACACUUACAGAAAAUGCUGCCAGGAUCUUGAAUAAGAAACUUUUGGAGCAUGCCUUAAAGGAAGAGAGAAGGCUACCUUCACACAGCCCACCAAAUCUUAGCAAUGACAACAGCACAGGAGAAAUUGUCAAAGUAGAUCCAGGGUCCAUAGAGGAACUACCUUGUUCUGCACUAGCCCCGUCCCUCCAACCCUGCUUCUCCCGGCCAGAGAGACCAGCGAACCGGCGCCCACCGUCGCGAUGGGCUUCACAUUCCCCUACUGCCUCACAGUCGCAGUCCACCGGAGACCUGACUUCCUCGGAGGAGAGCGGAAGCAAGGAGCCGCCAGCAGAGACCCCCAGCCAGGGAGGCGAGCCGGCCUGACUCCGCACGGCAACAGGGGGGCUGCGACUCGCCUCCGCCAGGUCGCCCGCCAGCCGUCUCUGCCGCGAAGGAGAGAGGCCCGCUUGGAGAGGUCAAAGAAUGUUCUCAGACGCAGCUGCUGAAUGUCCGACCUGGGAAACAGAGGUGUUUCUAGAAUGAAACAGUUAAUGUGCCUGUAAUAACUUAAUUUUUUUCAUAGCUGAGAAAACUAUUUUUGUCUCCAUCUUUUCUACAUACAGUAUAUUAACAAAAAAAAAAACAAAAAACAAAAAAAAGGGUUAAAAUGAUAUAAAGUAAGAUUUAAAAGAAAAUGUAAAUUAAGUUUUAAGGAAAUUUGAAUAUGUGCUCGCGCUCUCUCCAAAUACUGACUGCCUUUUGGUUAUAUUUGCACUGUUAUGUUUUCAAUUUUGCUUUUGGGUUGUUUUUUUUUUAUUUCAUGUAAAACUAGGGUCUUAAGUUAAUUUUAUUCUAUUUUAAUGUCAGUGUUACCUGUUUUUAAAAGUAAGGUUCUUAAAGAUGCUUCAACUGUCUGAAGCGAUACCUUUUAAGUAGUGAAGAAAGCCAUUAAGCUAGUUCACUAGACUUGUAUUAAUUGAGAUGGAGGGGAAUACAGGUAAACAGAAGAAAAAGUGUAAAAAAAAAAAAGAAUGCCUCAGAAAGUCUUAUGGAGUUAGCUGUAAAAUACACCUACAAUACUUGACUUGCAUGCCUCUGGGUCCUCGCACUUUAGUGCAUGUACAUACUGCUACUGUACCAUCACAUAAAUGUGAGUCAAUCUGUUUCAUUGUAAUAUUGUUGUGAAUUUACCUGUACUGUACUUUUAUUGUUGGUAUUCUUGCAUUGACUAUACAAAAAGAGUUUUUAAAUUAUUGUUAGCAGUUGAACUGGCUAUGUACAGCGUUUACUGAGAACUUCCUUCGUUUUGGAAAACCAUGGAGAUCUCUGGGCAUACUAAAUUGUAACUGGUCUUGUUUAAGAGUCUAUUGGAGACCAUGUGAAGUGGAAAUAAAACCCUCAGUA